GAUCUGGCCGUGUUUGUUUAUGAAGCUGCCAAUAGUCGCUACAAGCACACAAUAAGAACAGAUGGCCUUCCAAAGCAAAGACUCUGACAAAAGAGAACUAAAAUGCAUUUAAACUUUAACAUCAGUAUACCCCCCAUUUCCAGCGGCUCAGUUUAAGCCCAAUGUUUUAAGCUGAGUCUAUGCUGUUUGGCCAAGUCCUCUAAGCUCACAAGCUGCUGCCCAGCUGAUGAUCUCUUUCAUUAGAGCCAAAUGAGUGCUAAUUGCUGAACCAGAGCGGAGGAGCACAUCGGAGUGGAGAGGUGAUUAAGUCCAGCCUUUAAAGUGGAGGGGAGGCAGGGCUGCACAGGGCUCUCUCUCUCUCUCUCUCUCUCUCCCCCCUUCUCCACUGACGCAGGCAAGCCCACCCUUAACAGCCCUCCUCCUGCAAGUGUGUAAGCGUUUGUGACCGUGCUUGCAUGCUCUUGUAUGUGUGUUUGUGUGGCUGCGAAAGGCUCUGGCACUUACUGGCAGGGCUCAGUGCUCCCGCACUCAAUGCCAGCGCCGCUGCUAUUUGCUUGCUCGCCCGCACACACGCAAACACACUCCUCCCCCACACACACUCUCUCAGGCUGGGCUCGGGAAACGGCAUGGAAUGGAAUCUCAGAAGGAUGGAAAGCGAGCUAAGGCAGAUCAAUCCGGACUUGCUGCAGCCCAGCAAGAGCUUUAAGAAGCCCUCCUCGGGCACCAUCACCCUCAAUGUGGGGGGUUACUUGUAUGCAGCACAGCGGCAAACUCUAGCCAAACACCCUGGCUCUCUACUUGAAGAGCUUGUCAGUGGUAAGAAAGCUGUGCAGCAUGUAGACUCCAUGGGCAACACGUUUAUUGAUCGUGAUGGUCCUGUUUUCCGUCACAUUUUGAAUUUCUUGAGGACCGGAGAGCUGAUCCUGCCAGAUGACUUCAAGGAACUGGCACUUCUACGGCGCGAGGCUGACUUCUACCGGCUGAGUGAGCUGGCCCAGGCACUGCAAGAGUGGGAGCAGCAACAGGCAGGUCAGCGUGAGCCUGCCUUCCUAGAGGUGACCGAUAGCCAUGAGCGAUCACACGGCCUCAAGAUCUACUGCAGCGAUGCAACCUUCAUUGAGAAAGUCAAAGCACGUCUGGUGCAGAUCUCGAAGAGUCGUCUGGAUGGCUUCCCUGAGGAGUUUGUGGUCUCGUCCAAUAUCAUCCAGUUCCGGCACUUCAUCAAGUCCGAGCAGGGUUCACGUCUAGUGCUCAAGGAGGACAGCACCUUCCUGUGCACUCUGGAGACGCUCAAGCUUGAAACGGUCAUGAUGGCUCUUAGAGCAGGCUUUCACCUGCUCACUUGCCUGGACAGUAGCCGGGGAUCAGUAGUGCAAUGCGAGGCUCUUCACUUUGUCAAGUGACCCAAACCAGCACAAAAGUACCCAUCAACCCACAAUGAUGUUUCCAGCCAUCAGCACAGGACCUGCACUGUAUUCACAAGAGAACAUUCUGCAAUUUAUGCUGCUUCUGCCUUCCUCCAGCUCCUACUAACCAGCCUUGAGAAGUAAAAAGAGGUGUUCUGUAUUGUGUUUUCUUCUGGCAUACUCUGUAUAAUCUUUCAUUUGACACAAACUAGCUUUUUUUAAAGUAAGACAAAGAGAAUAUGGAUAAUGGCUUCUGAACUGCAAUGUAUAGAAAACCUUUCAACUUCUUUCCAGAAUCUAUUCAGAUCAGAGGAAUUGGUUCAGGUUCAGAACAGGUUGCAUAGGUGCAACUACUGUGAUGUCUGAUCAACAGGUUGAAAUACAUAAUGCAUGUGCAAAUAUUAUUCCCCUUUGGGAGCAAAUGUUGUAAUUGCUGGUGUUGUGAAAAAGUAAAGUUGACAGCAAAAUCUUAUUCAAAACCUGUGAAUGUUUUGCAAAAUAAAGAUUAUAAAUAGUAAAUUGUACUACAGGCCUUAUUUAAUGUUUGUUAUAUCAUUUUA